AUGGAAACAUUCAUCAAGUCGGCGCGCUCAACACCAAGUCGAGAUUCGCCGGUUCGCGGUUUCCAGGAACCACUGCUGCAAACUCGUUUCCAUGCAACACCCGGCCCAAUUACCAAAAUUCGGGAAAAGACAGAACGUAGUAUGCCAAUGCAUUUCGCUAAGCGUACUCCAACUGCAUCUCGCUCUUCACUGUCUGACACGCCGAAGUCAAGCCGACGACCAAGUGAUCUGAAUGGACAAGGUAAGUAA